UGGUCACGUCAAAACGGAAAAACUGGCAUCGAGUUUUGCUGCAAAUUUUGCCUUAAAAUCCAAUUCGUGAAAAAUUGGCUCGAUAAAAAAACGUAUAACUUUGGUAUGUUGUUUAACGGUAUUUGUACUUUUAGCCGACACAAAGAUAAUUAGGGGUCACCGACUUACAUUUUUCAAUAUUUGACAAUGUUUUACCCCUACCCCCAUUAAGAAAUGACACGCUAAAUCUUGUUUUAUCUGACAAAUUAAUCUAAAAAAAAUCCGCGAAACUGCAUAUGUCGUCAUUUUCUCCAUCUUACGUCAUUUGAUGUCAAAUUUCCUUCACACGUAAACAUUUAACGGAUUGAUAAAAUGGAUCCACAUGGAAGUAUUGAGAGACAUAAGGGGAGAUUUGUUAAGAAAGUGUUGAAGAAAAAGUCAGAUUUUUAAAAAACAAGUAAUAAACUGAAACAUUCAUGUGGUUACGGACAUGUUCCGGAAAGAAGAAUUGUAGAUAUGAAAUAUUUUGCCGAGAUAUUUGAUAAAGGGUGUAAAUCAUGUAAACGACAUUUCUUAUUCAAGGAUAUCAUCGCAGAAAACAUUUAUGGACUUUGUUCAUUAGUGAAAUUUAAGUGUUCAAAAUGUCGACAGGAAACUACAAUUUCUACAUCGAGGGCUUCCGGAGAAACUGAUAAGACUUUGACAAAAUCUCCGUACUCAGUUAAUCUGAAAGCUGCAAUCGGCAUGAUCCACGCUGGUAUAGGAGAAACACACAUGAAUGGCUUUCUUGUGACAUUAGGGAUACCACCAAUACACCAUAAAACAUUGAAAAAACAUGAACGGAAAGUUGGAAAAGUUAUGGAGGAAAAUGCACGAGAUUCAUGUGCCCUAGCGUGCGAAGAGGAAAAGGCGGCAUCACAAGCUUGUAUGUUACCAGCGACUGUCACAGAACGAGGUGAUGGCGAUAACAUAAGAGACACGUUCCUGCAUGAACCAAAUACUGAUCGGGUUGCAGCAGACGACAAAGAGAUCUGCGCAGCAGAUGACACCGACACUGAUCAAAUAACUUUUGAUGAGGCAAUGGCUAUGUUAGAAGAAUAUGGUAAUAAAUCAUUAUUAUCUCUGUUAUAUGAGACGAAUGUCUACGAAUUGCCUACACUAGCCCCUAGACUGACAGUUAACAUACUUCCUACAUUUUCUCCUUUUUAUUUUUCUAAUUCCAUUUCAUAGAGACAAAAGCCAGUCUAUGUUAGAUAUUUUCACAAUGUUGUUGGAAUUUCAGACUAUGAUUUUAGAUAUGUGAUAUAGACUGGCUCUGUCCAAUUCAUUCAAUCAUAAAAAUUGUAAAAAGGUACAUCAUAGUCUAGGAGCUAGUGUACGAUUUGCCUACACCGUCUCAUUUCAUGCAGAAUGUAUUCUAGUACUGAAAAGUGUGAUUAAAGCACUCAUUCUACACGACUUUGCGCAAACAUUGGGAAAACUAGGAUUUAUUUAUUAUGGACUUCUUUCGACUACAUCGAGGAAGCACAUUUUUGACCGAAUUACUGACCUUAUUGCUAAUAUACCAGAUGCUAUGCAAAUGCUUAAGCUUAAAAAAUGUGAUAAAACUGUCUUUCAUUUAAAAAAAGCAAACAAUAUUUUAACUUAAAGCAUCACCGAAAUCAAUAUAUCAGCUGUAUGGUUAUCGACCACGUGCUAUAAUCACGUGCACUAGUUAAGCGAGUUAUAGCGCGUACGUGCGGGAAAUUCCCUGUCUCCUGUUUAUCCCUAGCCUGGCUCCCUGGCUGCAUGGUUAUUUUAAUAUAAAUAUUGGAAACAUUUUGUAAGAAAAUUUUACGCCUCUAAAAUAGCACAAUUUUAUCUGAUGGCUGAACCAUACAUACCUAUGUUCGGAGCCAGGGGCAAUAAAAAAUCUCAAUGUAGAAACUACCUUCUGGAGUUACUUCCCUCUUAAUGGAGAAAACUGAUAUAUGUAAAUAAGAACCGGAUGCCACAGACUUUUGCCAAGCAAACGAAAAUGCAGGAACCAUUGGCGGAAAUUUCAUAUUUUACGACAUUGAAACUACGUCACUAGGGAACGAAGCUGAAAUUGUGCAACUUUCUGCGAUGUCCAGGAACGGCACAAAAUUCAACCAGUAUGUCGUUCCCGACGGGUACAUCACUAAACAAACGUCGGCAGUUACCGGAAUUACGAUUUCUGUAAUAAACGAUAAAAAGGUUUUAUACAAAGAAGGAAAACCGCUCCCCGGGCGCACCAUUUGUGAUGUGUUGAAAAGUUUUAUUGAAUGGAUUCGGUUGUUGGAUGAAAAACAUAACAUUUUAGUUGCCCAUAAUGGAAAACAAUUCGACAUGAGAAUCUUGGUAAAAAGUUGUAUUAACGCCGGAUGUCUGGACGAGCUAUCUGAACAGAUUUAUGGAUUUGUUGACACUUUACCACUGUUUAGAUCUAUAUCAGAAAAGGGAGUUUCAGCAUCGCUAGUAAAUAUAUAUCAGAGGGAGUUCGGUUGUAAAUACAACGCACAUGACUCAUGUGAAGAUACGCAAGCACUUAUGCAUUUGUUCUAUCACAAAAAUCUCGAACAAAGAGCAUCAUCUUCUUUCAUAAAAUUUGAUCAUGCUUUGAAAUAUUUCAAAAAUGUAAGUGUUGUUAAAAGAAAUCGCAACCAAAUUGAGCGUAAACUCUGCGUGGAGAACAAAAUAAUUUCCAAGUAUUUAGCAAGGAAAAUAGCUGUCACCGGACUUUCCUAUGAUCAUUUACAGCUAGCAUUUGCAAGGGACUGUGUGAAUGGCUUCCGGUAUGUAUUAGGAGAAAAGGUUAACGGUAAAGCGAGAGUAACCGAAAAGACAACUAUUAUUCGAGCUUUGAAUCUGCAUUUUGAAAACAUCAAUAGGAAAUAAAUAGUGGGUAGUGCAAAACAUAUAUUGUGUCAAAAGUGUUUUCAUUUCACCAUUAAUGGUAUCAUUAAUUGUAGCUCACGGCAAAAAUAUGCAUAAUUUUGCAUGUCCGCACGCAUUUAGUGUAAUAAGCAUAAAAUACUGACUAAAAGUUAGGGUUAGUAUCACCAUGGUUACAAAAUAUAUACAUUUAAGAUGUUUUUCGUUCAAAUUUAGUUAACCCGGUAUAUACCGGAGUCUGUAGUUUAUACCGGUGCUUCAAGUCUUGACUGAGUCACAGUCUUAACUAAAAAUACUGUCUCUAAGAUUAACGAACGUGACUUGUGUAAGCUGAAAACAUAGUUUUAAACGCUAACGUCGCAUAGCCUCAAACCAUGUAGGGGUAGGGGUAAAACAUUGUCAAAUAUUGAAAAAUGUAAGUCGGUGACCCCUAAUUAUCUUUGUGUUGGCUAAAAGUACAAAUACCGUUAAACAACAUACCAAAGUUAUACGUUUUUUUAUCGAGCCAAUUUUUCACAAAUUGGAUUUUAAGGCAAAAUUUGCAGCAAAACUCGAUGCGAGUUUUUCCGUUUUGACGUGACCAUUUCGCCUCUGACGUCUUAAGCGUCAAUCUUUUUUCGCUAAAUUUUAUACCAUCGAGUGGCAUUUUCUGCAUGCAAAGUGACAACUAUUUUGUAUUUUUCAUUUAUGUGACAUUCAGAGCGCAGGAAAGGAAAAAUGCCGUGAGCACUCGGAGCUGGGCGUUGCACGAAAAGCGACGUCAGGGGCCAUGUUUGUGACACAAUAGGAAAAACCUCGAACAAAAUGGCAUCAAAAUAAAAUCGGUAUUCAAUCGCAUAUAUCCUGAAUUUUUUACAGUAUAAAUUUCAGGACGAAAUUCGGAAAAAAAAUUUGGGGCGCAUUC